GUGUUCCAGAACCCUCACUGCCUCUGUGUUUGAGAGAGAGAGAGAUGAAGACGACGAGGGGAGAAGAAGUAGUGGAUGGUGAUCUUCCAGAAACCAAAAAGCGGAAGUUGGUUCAUGAGAAUGACGAAAAUGGUGAAGAUGUUAAUGCUGUAAGCAACUCUCUUCUCCCACUUGCUUCUUACCUCGACGACGACGACGAUGAAGACGACGAACAAGAAGACCGGGGAGGAAGAAGAGAGGAGGACGGAGAGGAAGAAGAGGAUGAGGAAGAUUUAUACGAGGAUGGCUCCAAUCGCGGCUAUCGGCUUCGGCAGAUUGAGGUCCGCCGAGAUUGCCCUUACCUCGAUACCGUCAAUCGCCAGGUGUUAGAUUUUGAUUUUGAGAAGUUUUGCUCAGUUUCUUUGUCGAACUUGAACGUUUACGCGUGUUUGGUUUGUGGGAAGUAUUACCAAGGAAGAGGGCGGAAUUCGCAUGCUUAUACUCAUAGCCUUGAAGCAGGUCACCAUGUUUAUAUAAAUUUGAGAACAGAGAGAGUGUAUUGUCUUCCAGACGGCUAUGAAGUCAAUGAUCCGUCAUUGGAUGACAUUCGCCAUGUCCUUAACCCAAGGUUUGCCCCUGAACAGGUUGAACAAAUAGACAAAAAUAAGCUGUGGUCACGAGCGCUUGAUGGUUCUGAUUAUCUUCCUGGAAUGGUGGGUCUCAACAACAUAAAGGAAACUGAUUUCGUUAAUGUCACUAUUCAGUCUCUGAUGCGUGUUACACCUUUAAGGAACUUCUUUCUAAUUCGUGAGAAUUAUGAACGUUGCAAAUCACCACUUGUUCACCGUUUUGGUGAACUAACACGCAAAAUCUGGCAUCCCAAAAAUUUUAAGGGACAGGUUAGCCCUCACGAGUUCUUGCAGGCAGUUAUGAAAGCUAGUAAAAAACGAUUUCGAAUAGGUGUCCAGUCUGAUCCAGUGGAGUUCAUGUCUUGGCUACUUAAUACACUGCAUAAAGAUCUGGGCGGCUCAAAAAAACCUAACAGUAGCAUUAUAUAUAAGUGUUUUCAGGGGGAGCUGGAAGUUGUGAAAGAAAUUCACAAAAAACUAUCUUCUGAGAAAAGGGAAAACUCAGAGCAGCAAAAUGAUGACGCCACCAUGGAGGAUGAAUUAGAAAAUGGCCAUGUUGUUGUGGAAAAGAGCAAAAUGCCCUUCUUGAUGCUUGGACUUGAUUUGCCUCCCCCUCCUUUAUUUAAGGACGUGAUGGAAAAGAAUAUAAUCCCACAGGUUCCUCUGUUUAGCAUACUGAAGAAAUUUGAUGGAGAAUCUGUUACUGAAGUAGUGCGGCCAUGCAUAGCAAGAAUGCGGUACCGUGUCAUAAAGCUGCCUCAAUAUCUAAUUUUGCAUAUGCGCCGCUUCACAAACAAUAAUUUCUUCAUUGAAAAGAAUCCAACCCUUGUUAACUUCCCUGUGAAGAACCUUGAAUUGAAAGACUACAUUCCCCUACCCUCUCCUAAAGACAACAAGAAGUUGCGAUCAAAAUAUGAUCUCAUUGCGAACAUCGUUCACGAUGGCAAGCCAGGGGCAGGAUUCUAUAGAGUAUUUGUUCAAAGAAAAUCCGAAGAACUAUGGUAUGAAAUGCAAGAUCUUCAUGUAGCUGAAACUCUUCCACAGAUGGUGGCACUAUCUGAGGCAUACAUGCAGAUCUACGAGCAACAGCAGCCACUGGAGCAGCAGAAUGGACCGCAGCAUCAGUAUUGAAGCUGGGAUUGCAGAUUUUUGUGGUGUGCUCUGACAUCGAUGGGCUGUUGCUCCAGAGCAAUUGAAUGGUCCUGAGAGAAAAUCGACGGUGAUGUGAUUGCAAGGAAGGGAUUUGUAUCGGCUUAUGUUGUUGCAUCCUCUUUCACUACUGCUUGUCAUGACGUCGGAGUCAAAAUUUCUUGUGCUACUCGAGAUAGGUCCUGGCUCUUGUAUUUGGGGUUUCUAAAUUGGAGGUGCCAGUGUAAUUCAAAUUUUGAACCCAUUCAAUGGAAAUUAAUGGAUUAUAUGCUGA